GCAAAGCGUUAAACGUUCUGAAAUGUUCUGUCUUGCAGAACAGUGACGAAUAAACAAGAUGGAAAAUACGAGUGCAUUCUGUCUCCUAAAACAAACACGUCUUGCAGGAUCCUUCAUAUGAUCACGUCACUUUUGUCUUUAUUGAGUACAUACUUUGGUUUUUGCAUAUUAAACAUAAUAAUGUGGGCAACACGAAAGAAGCGCCGAAUUGAAUUGUUCAUGUACUAGACAGAGAGUAUUGCGCGAUUAGAUUCCCCUCCUAGUUUGAACAACAUUCUACUCUACUUAUGGCACGUCGAGGCUGAGAUUACGCCCGCUACAAAUGUACACAUUCCCAGAUGUUUAGAAGUAUCUGAAAACUACAACAGACAAUCUUAAGCUUAUUGUGAAUUCUGGAUAACAAGGCACCGAGAAGCCCUCAGCAUUUCUGCAACAGGCAGACGUACAAGUCAACGAUCUCGUUGGCAUUCAUACGCUUAAAAAUGUGCUUAUCUGCCAUUUUACUGGUCCUUGCCGUUGUUAUAACUUUAAUAUGCGUUCGAUUUUUCCAAGACAAACAGGAUUUUAAACCGUGUCUAUAUUAUAAGAAGUCACGAAUAAGUGUGGUCAUUAAAAAAGGCUGCAAACGCUUGAAUGAAGAUUAUAAGCCGACAUUUUGGGCCAGAAAUUGUCACCUUCAGACGUUACUACCGUGGGUUUGGCCUUGGUGGCAGGAGGAAUUGGAGUUUAAGCGCGAAUAUUUACAAAUGGCGGACAAAGGAGUCAUAGCAUUGGACUGGAUGGAAGUAGACGAGACAACAAUGAAAAAAGUGAGUCCGGUGAUGCUUCUUAUUCCUGACCUGACCGGUACUGCCGCCGACAUGGCCGCGGUCUGCACGGAGGUUCUGGCGCGAAAAUUUCGCCCGGUGGUCUUCAACAGACGAGGUCACGGUGGUGCCGCAUUAUCAACAUAUCGAUUGCAAAGCUUCGGGGACGCACGUGAUUUGGAAGAAGCUAUUCAAUUUAUACAUCAUAUGUAUCCUUAUUCGGAAAUCUUUGCCAUUGGUUUUUCUUCAGGUUCAGGACUGCUAAUGUCAUACCUCGGAGAGGUGGGCAAUGCAUCGCAAUUGAAUGCUGCAGUUUGUAUUUCACCUUGUUACGAUGCCGAAGGGUUGUUUAAAUCAAACAAUGUUCCAGAGCCGUACAAUUGGCUUUGGACGUUCAAACUCAAAUGUGUUCUUCGCCAGCAUCCUUGCUUGGGAAAUGUGAUAAACUAUAACCUUGCACUUCAGAGUUCGAGCAUAAAAGAGCUGGAUGAGCGGGUUUAUGUCAAACUAAACCAGUACAACUCCUUAACGGAGUAUUGGAAAUACAAUGACCCUAUGCGUAGUAUCACCAACAUUCACAUACCAGUACUUUGCAUUAGUGCUCUCGAUGAUCCGAUUUGUACAAAAGAUACAAUACCGUUUAGCCUUUUUAAGACUUCUUCUAAUUUAUUCCUGGUGACUACAGAGCAAGGAGGCCAUUGUGGAUUCCUAGAGAAUAGUCUGCCUACUUCAUGGGCAAAUAAGCUCGCUUGUGACUAUUUAGAGACGGUGUAUCAUCAAGGUAUACCGAAACAACCGGAAGAGAAUCAUAUUCAUUUCUUUCCAGAAUUCAAUGGCACGAGAAACAGAAGUUAUACAACAUAAGAGGCAAAAACAAAAUUUACACUGUUAUUUGACUUGUAUAUAUUAGUAAAGAGUUUUUCAGAAAUUAUAGGACAUUUUUGUUACAUACCAAGACGCAAUCAAUUUGAGGGCGUCGCACCUAAAUAAACAAAACGAUU